UUUAAUGCGCUGCAGGAAGUGGUUGGUGGGUUGAACAUGGCCAUAUUCUUCCAGUACACCGCUGCCCUCUUUGUGACUCUCAUUGUAAGAGGAUCUUUUGAACUGCGGAUCAUUGGAGGCGAGGAAGUCACACCCUACUCAUUGAAGUACCAAGUGUCUAUUCAAUAUGGAGGGCGGCACUAUUGCGGGGGCACUCUUGUUCAUCCCCAGUGGGUGGCGACGGCGGCUCACUGCUGGAAACCGAGCUAUUUGAUCCAAGUUGUUUUAAGUGAGCACAACUUAUAUGAAGACGAAGGAUUUGAGCAGGUGCUCAAUGUCUCCGACAUCUUCACUUACAAUUACUACAACCCCAGGACAUUCAACGGCGAUAUCAUGCUUUUGAAACUCAGCUCCCCGGCUCAUCUCAAUGCCUAUGUCCAGCCAGCCGCCCUGCCACAGCCCUACAGCACCGUCCCUACUGGGACGACCUGCACCGUGAGUGGGUGGGGCGUGACACAUGUAUACAGCUACACGCUGUCUCCUGUGUUGCGCUCCGUGGAUAUUGAAGUGAUAAACCCUGCGGUCUGUAAUUAUCAGUACUAUGGGAAGGUCACGGCCAACAUGAUGUGCGCUGGAACUUACACAGGAGGAAAAGACUCGUGUCAAGGUGACUCAGGCGGACCGCUGGUAUGCAAGGGUGUAUUAGAAGGCAUAGUCUCAUGGGGAAUAAGCUGUGCUAACGCCAUGUUUCCAGGUGUUUACACAAAGGUGGCAAACUUUGUGAGCUGGAUAGAAUGGAUUAUAAAAAACAACUCCAACUGAAUCUUCUUUUUUUUUUCUGCGGAGGUUAAAAUUGCAGGACCCUAACUGUUUCUCAACUUUAAAAGACUCUGUGUGCUUUUUGUACUCAUUUGUGCCGCUCUCCUGUCAAUCGCUUGCAAAUACUUGCUGACGGCCGCCUAGACACAAAACUCUAAAAAUCGUUACUCCUGUUCCCGCUCUUUAGACAGAUACGCUUGCAUUCAUAUGACACAAACUACUCAAUUCCGAAAAACCGGACAUACCAACAACAGAAAACAUGUAACUUCUUGUUUUCAGUAUAUUUUUUGAAUAAUUGGUGAUCCCCUUUCAUAGAAGAAUCUGUAUGUACAGCCAGAUUGAAAUAGAAAACUGACCAGUUUAUAUUUUUCUUACUUCAGAGACCUCAUUUAUCAGCUGCCUCGGGGCAGGGGUGACCUUUAACAGAACUGCAGAUUCUGAACUGUAAAAUAUAGAAAGCUGAGCCUACCACGCUGUGCUAGCUCAGUUUGGAAGCGUCGCGCUGCCUGUUGGCCUUAUGAUAGAUAAGCAAAUGUUAUUUUCACUUCUUGAACUCUUGCUGUGUGAUUGUCUCAAAAAAAGAAAAUCAAUCAAUAAAAUAAAAAGCCUUGAAAUCUUC